AGAGAGGAGUGAUGUCUAAGGGGAUCUUCCGCAGUGAUUCAUUUGUUAUCAAGACUUUAGAUAAUAAACAGGUACACACUGGAAGUGACUGUGUGCUUCAUCAACUUCCAAAGGACAAGGACAUAUCUUGCCACCUUCUGUGCGUCAAUCUCACUAGAGAUGAAGUUUCAAGAAGAACUAUUGCACGAGACCUGUCUCUUUUGCAGCCUUUAACAGUGGUGAUCUCACUGAACAAAAGCUUGUUGCAGAGGAAUCAGAAGAUGGUUGGAAGAUUAGUAUUGAAGGGAAAGAUCGGCUGUCAUUCCACCUCGAUGAAAGAACAGCCAAGUUCAUUUUCCAGCUACGGAAUAUUACAAAAGAGACAGUGAACUACAUAGUUGAGACCAGGGGGUUGGACAAUGAAGUGCCACCUCGACAUGAAGUUGAAACUCUG